AUGGUCGACAAGAUAAAGAACAAUCGAGCACUGGCGAUUGUUGAUGCCGCACGCGCGGGCAAAUAUGCCGUGCCAGCCAUGUGUUGCUACAACCUUGAAGGCAUCUUAGCAUCAGUCCGGGCCGCAGAAGCAAAGAAAUCACCAGCCAUAAUUCAGCUUUUCCCUUGGGCAAUUGAAUAUGCUGGCGGGAUUCUUCCUCACGCCGCGGCGGAAGCAGCAGACAAUGCUUCCGUCCCAAUAGCGGUGCAUAUGGACCACGCACAGUCGCCAGAGAUUAUCAGACGCGCGGUAGAUAUGGGUGGUUUUGAUGGUAUUAUGGUCGAUAUGAGCCAUUAUGAGAAGGAGGAGAAUAUGCGAUUAACGAAAGAGCUUGUUGCCUAUUGUAACGAAAGGGGCGUCAUCACUGAAGCUGAGCCAGGUCGCAUUAAUGGGGGCGAGGACGGCGUGGCCGAUACCGUCGACCUUGACGAGGUGUUGACCACGCCAACGCAAGCUGAGGAGUUUGUCGCAUUGGGGAUCCAAUGGCUCGCGCCAGCCUUUGGCAAUGUUCACGGAAAAUAUGGCCCAAAAGGACCACAGCUGGACUUUGAGCGACUGAAAGGCAUCGAGAAGGCCGUUGGAGAUCGUGUGGGGUUGGUGUUGCAUGGCGCAAGCGAGGACGACUUUGAUGAGGCGCUGUUUCAGAAAUGUAUUGCGGCCGGCAUGUCAAAAUGUAAUAUUAAUGGUGCAAUGAACCAGGAGUAUACAAAGCUCCAGGCGGAGAAGGCGGGCAAGAUUUCUCUCACUGCAUUGAUUGAUGAAGGAACCUUAGCCAUGCAAAAGGUGAUCGAGACACACAUGGACUGGAUGGGGUCAACAGGAAAAGCAUAG